AUGGGCCGGAAUCCCGUGCUGCCCAAGCCCAACGAUCCCAAGCGGUCGGAUUCGUGCCUGAUUCGACCAUCCUCUUCUAGUCUUCUCACCUUCUUGCGCCGGAAGGAAACACAGCGAGUGCGAGUCCAACACUCCAACAUCGUCGGGAGAAUGGCGGUGGCGGAGCCAUCGCCACCGGCCGCGGCGGCGGCGGCGGCGGGUCAGACCCACGCGGGGAGGGUGGAUGCGCUCGAGCGGAUGCUGACGAGGCUGGCCCUCACCGAAGACUCCGUCGCGUCGCUGCUCUGCCGCUUUCUCCCCUACACCACCAUUUCGCUCGUCUCCCCUGGCGCGUCUGUCCGUGAGCUCCUUAUGGAAAAUGGCAGUCUCUUUGACAAACUGGUAAAGCAAAGGCCUGAUAUUUCAAUGAUGAUGGAUCUAUGGAGGAUCUACACUGAAUCUACCUCAACAGUUGUUCAAAACUAUUGCAUUGUUUAUGUUGAGAUGGGCUUUGAGCGUCUACUAAGUGAGGAUAAGGCAAUCAUAGCACCUGAUCUUUUAAUCAACAUAUCAAAUGUUCCAGAGCAACAUCAGGGAAUUAUCCUGAGACUUGUGUUGAAGGCUAUUGGUGAAUGGGAUACACAUAAGGUGGAUCAGACUGUUGCUUCAAAGUACAAAUCCAUAAGCGCAUCUAAUGAUGGCCUAGUCUUUGCUGAUUUCUGUCUGCACAUGAUACUGUAUCAAACACCACCUCAGGGUAUCAGAUGCUCGGCAGGGCUUUCAGUUGCUCAAUCGGAUCGUGUUACUGGAAAUUUGCCACUAAAAGGCGAUACACUUGCAUCAAGAAAGUUAGGAAUCUUGGAUGUCAUUGAAACUAUGCAGUUCAAACUAGAGAUCGUCUACCCUCUUUAUUUAGCGGCUGCUUCAGAUAGUCAAGAGGCAGUUGCUAAGAGAGGAGAGGAAAUGCUAAUACUCAAAGCUUCAGCUGUGAAUUUAGAAGAUUCCGACCUUAUCAAGAGAUUGUUCACACUAUUCAAUGGUACUGCAAGCUCAGAAAAUAUAGCUUCAGAGUUGGAAGUUGCCCCAGCACAUAGUUCAUUGCGAGUCCGCCUUAUGGGUGUUUUCUGCCGAUCGAUUGCUGCAGCAAACGCGUUCACACACACAUUUCAGUGCAUUUUUGGUUGCAUCUAUGGAAAUGGAACCACUUCAAGAUUGAAGCAGUUAGGGAUGGAGUUCACCGUCUGGGUUUUCAAACAUGCAACAAACAAACAGCUAAAGGCAAUCAGUCCAUUUAUUCUCAGUGGAAUAUUACAUUCACUUGAUGGUUCUUCCACUACAGAAGCAGAUUCUUCCAGUAGGGAUAUCAGAAUAUUUGCAUACCAGGCCAUUGGUUUGCUUGCCUUUCGCAUGCCUAAUUUAUUCUGCAACAAAACUGGCAUGGCUAUACGGCUGUUUACUGCUUUAAGAUUGGAGGAGCAAUCUCUUCGUUCAAUAAUUCAGGAGGCGGCUACUGCCCUUGCUACAGCAUAUAAGGGUGCUUCGAAUAUAGUACUGAAGGAUUUUGAGGCACUUCUUCUGGAAUAUUGUCAAGCGGAGCAAAGUGAGGUCCGGUUUUCUGCUGUAAGAUGGGCAGUGACGUUAUACAAUAUGAAGCACUGCCCAAGCCGAUACAUUUGCAUGCUUGGUGCUUCAGAUGUGAAGCUAGAUAUAAGGGAAAUGGCUCUAGCAGGUCUAAAUCUGUUAAAUGAUGAAAGGCAGUCAUCUACAAUGGCCACGGAUAUAAGCUAUCCUGAUAUUGCGGAAAUGGUGAAUUAUAUUUACAGCCAACAGCCUCAGCUGCUGCAUUGCUAUGAGCAGAGGAAUGGAAAACUGCUUUUCCCAACAGACACAUUUCUUGCAAUGAUAAAGUUUCUGAUGAAGUGCUUUAACACACAUGAUGGCUCAGAUUUUCUUCAAGAAGAUCUAUCUAAUUCUACACUAGCAAAAAUGUGUGUGCUUUUAGAACAUGCCAUGUCAUAUGAUGGGUCUAGUGAACUUCAUACAUUGGCUUUGAAGUCAUUGGUUGAUAUUUCCUCUCGUCAACCAAAGAUGGUAUCCUCGUUCUAUGUCAAUCGAUUAGAUUGGCCAAGAACUUUACUGCAUGCUGAUACUCAUGAAGAAGCCCCACGUCUGCUUGGGUACGGAAGACAAUGUCAAAACACAACUGACAUCAAUGAGGAGCUUGGCAGCUGCUGCAAUGGCAGGACCAACCAUAGCCUGGAGCAUGAGGUUUGUGGGGGCGGGAACAACAGUGACAAUUUGGGUGGGGAUGGCUGUGAUGAGGAGCUCGUCACUGGCUGCCAUCACCGGCAUGGCAGGAUUGACCACAACCUGGAGUUCUUGAUUGACCGGAUGAUGUCCUGGUCAGUGCGAGACAUCUUGAAGGCGCCACCUGUGAUAAAGAAGGAGAGGCAAACAGGGAAGAAACUUGGGACUGGCGUCAGGCGUGAUGGACUUUGGUAUUUGGAUCGAAAGGAGACAAGUGAAGAUGUAUGUCUUGCAUUGAUGGCUUCUACAAGUAAAGAAGAGGCUAAGGUAUUACUUUUGCAUUGUCGAUUGGGGCAUAUAUCUUUUGAAACUAUGAGUAAGAUGUUUCCAGCAGAACUAAGUAGAGUGGAUAAACAUAAGUUAGUAUGUGAUGCAUGUGAGUAUGGAAAACAUACAAGAACAUCAUAUGUGAGUAGAGGACUCCGAAGUAUGUUACCAUUUAUGCUAAUUCACUCAGAUGUUUGGACUUCACCUAUGGUCUCUAUGAGUGGAAUGAAGUAUUUUGUUACCUUUAUUGAUUGCUACUCUCGCAUGACAUGGUUAUAUCUUAUGAGGCAUAAGGAUGAGGUGUUUAAAUGCUUCCAGAAUUUCUAUGCAUACAUUAAAAAUCAUUUUAAUGCUCGAGUUCAGUUUAUUAGAACUGAUAAUGGCGGGGAGUAUAUAAACAAUGAAUUUAGUAGCUUUCUUUCAUCAGAAGGAAUAUUGCAUCAAACUUCUUGUCCUGAUACUCCUCCACAAAAUGGGGUGGCUGAGAGAAAAAACCGUCAUCUUUUGGAGACAGCUCGCUCAUUGAUGUAUGCUAUGAAUGUACCUAAAUUCUUAUGGAGUGAGGCAGUAAUGACAGCAACUUAUCUUAUCAACCGCACGCCAUCAAGGAUACUUGGAAUGCAGACACCAUGUGAGAUGAUAUUUGGAAAGAAUGAAUUUGUUGUUCCACCAAAAGUGUUUGGUUGCACUUGUUUUGUUAGAGAUCAUAGACCUUCCGUUGGAAAACUUGAUCCUCGGGCUGUCAAAUGCAUCUUUAUAGGCUAUCCAUCUGGCCAGAAGGGGUAUAAGUGUUGGAGUCCAUCAGAACGACGAACCUUUGUUAGUAUGGAUGUUACUUUUAGAGAAUCUGUCCCAUUCUACGGUGAGAAAACAGAUUUAAGUUCUUUAUUCGUUGAUCUUGAUAAUUCAACUAGUGGUCAUGAUGGUCAACAGAUGGAAGGUGAAAUAUUGGGUCCAAAGGGAGAUGAACAAUCAAAGAAGGAAAAGUUUGUGGUUGGUUCAAUUCCAUGUCCUAUGGGUGGUCCUGUUGCACAGGAGCAAGAAUGGAGGAAGCCACAUGAAGAGGAAAAUCUUCAAGUAUACACAAGGAGAACAAGGUGUCCAGUAAUCCAACAAGUUGAAGAGGAUAAUCAGGUAGAGAAAGAUGUAAGUCAUGAGCAAGGGUCUUUGUAGUCAGGAGGAGAAGAAGAGGAAGUUAGAGAAGAAUCUGACUUACCAAUUGCUGUCAGAAAGAGUGUGAGAAGCAAUGCAGGUAAACCUCCACUAAGGUAUGGUUUUGAAGAUCAAGAUGAGGGUGAUGAAGAAAAUAAUAUAUCCAACUUUGUUUCCUAUGACUCCUUGUCAUCCACAUAUAAAGCCUUUGUAGCAUCACUAGAUUCAAUGGAAAUCCCAAAGGAUUGGAGAGAAGCAAAGCAAGAUCCAAGGUGGCAUCAAGCUAUGUUAGAUGAACUAGAGGCUCUUGAAAAGAACAAAACAUGGGAUCUUGUACCAUUUCCUGAAGGAAAGAAAGUUGUCAACUGUAAGUGGGUUUAUACAGUAAAGCAAAAUCCUAAUGGAAAGGUGGAAAGAUACAAAGCAAGGCUGGUGGCUAAGGGAUAUAGUCAAACAUAUGGAAUUGAUUAUGAUGAAACUUUUGCACCAGUAGCAAAGAUGAGCACGGUAAGAACUCUCAUAUCUUGUGCAGCUAAUUUUGAUUGGCCAUUGCAUCAGCUAGAUGUCAAGAAUGCAUUUUUACAUGGAGAUCUUCAAGAAGAGGUGUAUAUGGAUAUCCCACCGGGAUUUGCUACUUCACAAACUGAAGGAAAGGUGCUGAGAUUGAAGAAAUCUUUGUAUGGUCUUAAACAAUCACCAAGAGCAUGAUUUGAUCGGUUUAGGCGUGCAAUGUGUGCUAUGGACUAUAAGCAAUGUAAUGGAGAUCAUACAGUUUUUUAUCAUCAUAGUGGAGAUCAUAUAACCAUCCUUGCUGUCUAUGUUGAUGAUAUGAUUAUCACUGGGAAUGAUUGCUUGGAGAUAACUAGGUUGAAACAGAAUCUAAGCAAAGAAUUUGAAGUUAAGGACCUAGGCCAGUUGAAAUAUUUUCUGGGUAUUGAAAUUGCAAGAUCUCCUAGAGGGAUAGUUCUGUCACAACGGAAAUAUGCAUUGGAUUUGCUCAGUGACACAGGUAUGCUUGGAUGUCGCCCAGCCUCUACACCAAUUGAUCAAAAUCAUAAAUUAUGUGCAGAGUCUGGAAAUCCAGUGAAUAAGGAAAGAUACCAAAGAUUGGUGGGAAGACUGAUAUAUUUGUGUCAUACACGACCUGACAUAACUUAUGCUGUCAGUAUGGUGAGUCGAUAUAUGCAUGAUCCAAGGAGUGGUCAUAUGGAUGCGGUCUAUAGGAUCUUGAGAUAUUUGAAGGGAAGCCCAGGUAAAGGCCUAUGGUUUAAGAAAAAUGGACACUUGGAGGUUGAAGGCUAUUGUGAUGCAGAUUGGGCAAGUUGUCCUGAUGAUAGAAGAUCAACUUCAGGCUAUUGUGUGUUUGUUGGUGGCAAUUUAGUAUCUUGGAGGAGCAAGAAGCAACCGGUGGUGUCUCGCUCAACUGCUGAGGCAGAAUAUCGGGCAAUGUCAGUGAGUUUGAGUGAGUUGUUAUGGCUAAGGAAUCUUCUUUCUGAGUUAAAGUUGUCGGUGGAUACUCCCAUGAAAUUGUGGUGUGACAACAAGUCAGCAAUCAACAUUGCUAACAACCCAGUUCAGCAUGAUCGAACAAAGCAUGUGGAGUUGGAUCGUUUCUUUAUCAAGGAAAAACUGGAUGAGGGAGUUUUGGAAUUAGAAUUUGUAACGUCUAGUGGACAAGUUGCUGAUUGUUUAACAAAGGGUUUAGGUGUUAAAGAGUGUAAUCGUUCGUGUGACAAGAUGGGUAUGAUAGAUAUCUAUCACCCAUCUUGAGGGGGAGUGUUGGGCUGUAAAUAGAAUAGUGUGUGUGUGUGUGUGUUUGUGUGCUGGCCCAUCAGCUAGAGGCCCAUCUACUCAUGUAUAUGUAAAUAACGAUAGCAAUACUGAAGGGGUGAAGCUUCCAGAGAAAAAUUCACAAACUACAUUAUACAAUAAAAUCUUAUUAAAAUUAUGUAUUCUACACAGGCUCAGACUACUUUUGUAUCGAAUGACAAUUAUUUUGAGUCACUAUGUAUUGAGGCCAGUUGCAUUAACAACAGCACAACUGAAAAUGCCUCUUCAGCUUCUUGGAACAGCGAAUUGGCAUGAUGUCAAAUUAAUAAGUGAGGUGCAAUUUCCAUAUUAUUUGCUUGACAUUGUCCAUAUUCCUACGGAUUGCUACAAGAACAGAUGCCAUACAAUUAGACGAGGUGAUUUGAUAUUGCUUGAUCCAACGUCACCAUAUUCAAAGAAACCAAAAGGGUGUUUCUUUGCAGUAGCAGUAGAAGAUGAGGAUGAAUAUUUUCGAAGUGCAUUUAAAGUUCAGAUCAUAAGAAAGAGCAGGCCAGUUGAUUUGGUGAUUAACUAUGCAGCUCUGUUGGACAUAAAUAUUCAAGGACAAGUUGAAUUUUGGUCAUCAAUACAUCAGGAUAUUGACAACAAAUGUCAAUGCAUAAUCAACUCUAUUCUACAAGCUCCUCUUGUGGUGUUCGAUAAAUGUACAUAAGAGAAGUCAUCUUCCAAUUUUGAUGUUCCUAAUCCUAACUUCAGAGAUAAUCUUGAUGAAUAUCAAUUGAAAGCAUUCAAAGGUAUUACAACAUCGCUCUCAUCAUGUAGGCACUUUGAACAUACUGUUGAGCUCAUCAAAGGAUCCCCUAGGACAGGAAAGACACGGUUAUUAUCAGCUCUGUUACUAUCAUUGACAUCUAAGUUUCAGUGUGUUGUCUAUGCUCCCUCUCUAUUUGUGAUCACUGAUCUUCUCCAUGAGAUACAAUAUCUUGGUGGAAAACACAAUCAAUUUGACAACUUCUGCAAGAAGACUAUUGUACUUGAGCGGAAAUCUGACAUAGGACCUGAGUUUGGACAUUUAACACUAGAGAGUUACUUUGAUGACACAAAUAUGUGUUUUGGAUUUCCUGGGUGGAAAUUUUUCAUCAAUAUGGCACUUGAUAUACUAGAUAAAUUCGGACCAAAGUAUAAGGUUUUUAGAAAAAGAAGAGAGAUCUCCUUUUUGGAUAUGUUCAAAAAGGAGUUUAUCUUAGCUUCCAAGCAACUCAAAGAAUGCCUUAGGAGUCUAAAAGAUAUGGCUCCCAAAGUUAUGUUUGCAUAACGAGAGCACAACAGAGAUGAUAAAGGUCUUGGACGAAAUAGAGGAUUUGCUAGGAAAUCGUAACCUUAGUGAUGGCAGCAUGAGGAAAGCAUUUGAAGUUGAGGCUGUGCAAACGUUUGAUACUGGAGAUUGUGGUAUUGCUGAAGAGUUAAAUGAUAAGCGAAUGAAAUGUGCACAACUGCUGAGAAAGUUUAAAGAAGAUCUCCAAUCAAUUGAUUUGCCGACCUUCAAGACUAGAGAGGAUCUUGAGGAGUUCUGUAUGAAGAACUCCAGCAUUAUAUUCUGUUCAACAAACAAUUCGUUUCAUUUGAGGGAAAUUCAGCUCAAGAUUGAUUGUCUUAUAAUUGAUUCUGCGAAUCUUUUCAAUGAGUAUGAAACCCUUGUCCCAUUGUGUCUACCCUCGCUACAUUCUAUUAUUCUUGCUGGAGAUGAGGCAAAGAAGCCUACAGUAGGAAACCAGGUCUAUCAACAAGAUGCAUUCGGUGUUUCUCUUUUUCAGAGAUUACUGGACCUUGGAUUCAAUCAACAUCUGUUGCUUGAUCAAUAUAUUACUGGGCAGCAUGGAAGAAGAGUGUCUAGCAAAUCAAAAGUACUAAAACCAGAGUUUACUUGGAUAGCAAGACCUCACAACAGAAAGUACAUUUUAGCACCUAUUCGUGAUCAGGGACCAAAAGCAGUAACAUGUGUACUACAUUCUUCCAUGGCAACGACGGAAAGCUUGUACAAAUUGAUUUGUGCCUCACAUGACCCGCCUACAGAUUUUAAUGUUAUUCUUGACAUACAAGACAUGCUCCUUCAGUACAAGGAGGAAACUGGAUAUACAUAUGGAGACGAAUUGAGAGGGGAAAGGGGACAGAUACGGCUUGAAAAAGCUCUACAAACUCUGAAAAAGCGUGGUGUCAGAGGCAUUGAUGGAUGUGAUAAUGAUAAGAAGAUGGAGCAGAUAAGGAUAUCAUCGUUCAGGCGCAUAGACAUUGAGGCAGAGGGCUUUGAACAAAUAUUUGAGCGUUUGCUUCAAGGAAGAAUGCUUGUGGGUUCUUUCAAAGUUUCUUGUAAUUAUUUCGAGCUCGCUGAAGGAGAGGUGUACCACUACGAUUAUGCACGCCCAAUUGUCAGGGAUGGAGUAACCUGGUCCCAUGCGGUCAUGUUCGUUGGUUUUGGUGAUCCUGCUGGUGAUGUCCUGCUCGACAACCACUUAGCAGCGAUUGAUACUUGUGAUUUUGAACUUGAGCGGAUGAAGCACAACAGCAUUGGCCAUCUUGUCUAUCAAAACAGCUAUGGGAAGCUUUUUGGGUUCCCCCACUUCCGCUGCGGUUAUGGUAGGGUCGGUCUGCAAUCGAUCGUGUCCAUGUGGGAAGUUACUGUGUGAAAACUUGUACAGCAUAGACAUGUAGGCAUUCACUUGAGAUUUUAACUUUACUUGUACUCCGGCAUUCACUUGUACAGCAUAGUAGUAAUUGAGUAUACUAGAUUACCAGCUAGGUGUUGGUGCCAGACGUGCACAGGGGCACAGGGCUGUCUUUCUUUCUUUCCUUCUUUUGGAAGUGAGAGGUGAAAUUUUGUCUCAAUCACUGUAAAAUGUCAGUUUUGUACCACAGCAUGACAGUUCACUAUAUGCACUGAGCCACUGUUGUACCUGUUUCUACUC